UAAAAAAAACCCACAAAGACAAUCACUUUUUUAGUGAUUUGUACUUUUUUUCUAACUUAUUUUGUGGUUGACAAGUUAAUUGUUUGCCUUAUAGAAAAUGGAUCGUUCUUGGAUGUACAAUAGGGUAAAUGCUAAUAGGCACGGAUUGAAAAAAAAGUAUGUUUGUGGUGUUCAAAAAUUUGUGAAGAGGGCUUUGAAACAACCGAUUUGUAUAUCUGAAGGAGGGAUAAGGUGUCCGUGUACAAAAUGCAAGUGUACCAAGAUAUCUACACCAGUGAAUGUUAGACUUCACUUGUACCAGAAUGGAUUUCAACCAGAAUAUUGGAUUUGGACUGAACACGGAGAAGUGAAACCCAUUGUUGAUGAGAGUGGUGGUUUGGGUAGUAACGACCAUGUGCAUCAUGACGACCAAUUUGAUGUGAUGGAUCAAAUGUUGUAUGAUGCUUUUAGGCUUUACGAAGAUGUCCCCCAUGCGAAUGCUAACAUAGGAAAUGAGAUAUUGGCCGAGGGUGAGUUGCCUAAUACAAAUGCUAAACAGUUUUAUGACAAGUUGAUAUCCUUCAACAAGCCCAUCUAUGAGGGGGCUACCGAGUCUAAGUUAUCCAUAUCGGUCAAACUUCUGUCAAUUAUGGCUAACUGGCAUGUUCCACAAAAAGGUAUAGAUUUUUUUGCACAAAUGCUUAAAAAUGUAUGCCCAGUUAAAAAAUGCUUUCCCGAGAAUUGUUACCAAGCAACACAGCUGGUGUCUAAGUUAGGGCUGAAGGUUGAGAAGAUCGAUUGCUGUAAGAAAGGUUGUAUGUUAUAUUACAAGGAUGAUAGUAAGUUAUCUGAGUGCAAAUUUUGUUCUGCUCCUAGGUUCUUUCCUCGUAGGAUUGGUAUGGGAAAGUACAAAGAUGUCCCAGCGAAGAGAAUGUUUUAUUUCCCUAUCAUUCCUAGAUUACAAAGAUUGUAUGCAUCAACCGGGUCUGCAUCUGAAAUGAGAUGGCAUAAGGAAAAUAAAAACAAUUCAAACCUUCUUCGCCAUCCGUCUGAUGGAAAAGCAUGGAAACACUUUGAUGAAGUAUAUCCUGAAUUUGCUAGGGAACCAAGAAAUGUAAGGUUAGGUUUGUGUUCAGAUGGAUUUACUCCUUACAUUCAAGCGUCUGCUGGUCCGUAUUCAUGUUGGCCGAUAGUAGUUACCCCUUACAAUCUUCCCCCUGAAAUGUGCAUGACAAAACCAUACUUGUUUUUGGCUUGUCUCGUACCUGGACCUAACAACCCCAAAGAAAAGUUGGACGUCUACUUGCAACCAUUGAUUGAUGAUUUACAGCAAUUGUGGUCCAACGGAAUUUUGACCUAUGACAUAUCCACUAAACAAAACUUCAUAAUGAAAGCGUGCUUAAUGUGGACAAUUAAUGAUUUUCCGGCCUAUGGUAUGUUAUCUGGAUGGGGAACACAAGGUAGGUUGGCAUGCCCUCAUUGCAUGGGAGACACAAAAGCUUUCUACUUGAAAAAUGGCGGCAAGAAUACUUGGUUUGGUUGUAAUCGUCGUUUCUUGGCACCUGAUCACCCUUUCAGAAAAAGUAAAAGAAGUUUUACAAAAAAUGAAGAUGAGAAAAAAGGUCCACCUCACAUUUCCACAGGGCAAGAGAUAUGGGAGGCAGUAAGUAUCUUUCCAAAAGUGACCGAAGUUGGUUGGGAGAAAAAGCUGAAAGAGUUGAAUGAUUCUAACAAAGAUUAUAAGUAUGGAGUUCAUCAUAAUUGGAGAAAACGGAGUAUUUUUUGGGACCUUCCAUAUUGGAAGGACAACUUGUUAAGGCACAACCUCGAUGUGAUGCACAUAGAGAAAAAUUUCUUCGAUAAUAUAUUUUACACUGUCAUGAAUAUUACGGGCAAAACAAAGGAUAAUGAAAAGGCGAGAAAAGACAUGGCUGAAUGCUGCUUUCGUGGGGACUUGGAGAUGCAGGCUUUAUCUAAUGGAAAGAUGGGUAAACCAAAGGCAGGUUACACUUUGACCAAAUCUGAUGCCAAGCUUGUUUGUAAAUGGCUUAAGGAAUUGAGAAUGCCAGAUGGCUACGCUUCAAACCUUGCAAGGUGUGCCGAUGUCGAAAAGGGUGUAGUGCAUGGGAUGAAGAGCCACGACGGUCAUGUUUUCAUGGAGUGUUUAAUCCCAAUUGCAUUUCGUUCCUUACCAGAUUUGGUUUGGAAAGCAUUAACGGAGAUAAGUCAAUUCUUCAAGGAUCUUUGUUCCAAUACAUUGACGAUGGACGACUUGGUUAAGCUGGAUCAGAACAUUGCAAUUAUCCUAUGCAAGUUAGAAAGGUUUUUUCCACCAGGUUUCUUUGACUCAAUGGAGCAUCUUCCAAUCCAUCUUGCCUAUGAAGCAAUGCUAGGUGGUCCUGUGCAUUACCGGUGGAUGUAUCCAUUUGAAAGAUUUAUGGGAGUCUCAAAGCGGGCAGUGACAAAUAAGGCUAGGGUUGAAGGUUCCAUAUGCACUGAUUAUGUACACCGCGAGAUAGCUAAUUUGUUAGCUCAUUAUUUUAGCUCAUUCAAUUUGGUGCCAACCACAAGUUUAAGUAACAAUUCUUGUUCAGAAAGUGUUGUUAUCCAUCCUACAUUAUCCAUCCUACACAACAGUGGUCGACCCGGUGGAAAGUCUGGAAAACAUUAUCUGACUGAUGAAGAAUGGAAGUCUGCUCAUGUACAUGUCUUGAUUAACUGUGAUGAGAUUAAACCAUAUCUUGAGAGAAGGUAUCUUGGGAUCCUUGUGAUCAAGCUUUUGUCUAUCGCGUGUUUGAACAAAAAGGAGCUAAACGACUAA